UAGCGAACAAGGAGGCCAUCAAUUUCUAGACAAGACAAGUUGAAAGACCGGAUGGCGUGUCGCGUGAAGGACGGCGCAUGAAUUGACACGAAUUGAACGACCUCUCUCACCCACAAUGGCACCACGAACAUACAACCCGUGCUCGUACCUGCCACGCCGGCUGCAGAUAGUGACCAGCCUGGCACUCUUCAUCCUCUUCUGCAUCGUCCUCUUUGGCCAGUCCACCGUCGACGUCCCUUAUCGCGAUGAAGUCAACGAGGGCGCACGAAGGGUUUCUGCAUACUUGCCCAAAACACCCGGUCUCCCAUCAGGCCUCAACCCAUUCAGGACACCAGCACAUUCACCACCGCCAGAGCAGGCCAACAGUACCAGUGGAGAGGCACGAUGGUUCUCCGACUGGAAGUGGAUGAACCCCUUCUCCUCGUCCAUAACACUCGACGAGAACAGGGCAGUGCUGCCUCCUCUAACAACAAGACCGCCAGUCUACACGUAUUUCGACGCCGACUGGUACAAGGACGAGAGCUCUCUUGAGAGUGUGGAUCGUCUGCUUCUGAUCUGGAGACGCGCAUGGUGGGCGCAAGGCUUCAAGCCUGUCAUUCUGGGUAGCGCCGAAGCCAUGAACAACCCGCUGUAUGCGAAGCUGGCUAGCCUGCAGCUCGAGGACGAACUCAAGACAGACGUGAUGCGCUGGCUCGCAUGGGGCAAUAUGGGUACUGGUAUCAUGGCCAACUACGUCGCAUUGCCAAUGGCUCCACACAGUGACCCUCUACUCGCCUAUCUGCGUCGUGGUGACUAUCCACAGCUCACCCGAUAUGAAGGUCUGGAGAGUGGCUUGUUCAACGGCCCCAAAGAUCAAAUCAACAAGGUCAUUGAACAGGCCUUCAACGCUAAGAAGCCAGUCAAGGCCAAGUCGGUCAUCGAGCUGCUACCAAAGGAGACUUUCCACAUCGACAGCAACCAGAAAGCCAUUGCCUUCUACUCGAGCAAAAACAUCAACAAAUUCUACAAGGGCAUUGCCGAGAAACUGGCAUCUGACAACAAGGAUGUAAGCCGUGAGGGUCUGCGUCUCCUUCCUCAGCUCAUAGUUUCGCAUCUGCACACAAUCUGGCAGAACUCCUUCUCCAGCGGUAUUGCAGUGUUGAAGCCGCUACCAGACCACAUGUUUACCCUGGUCAAACCAGCCAUUGAGCUUGCUCGCAACCUGUCGCAGUGCACAGAGUCACCACAACCUUCAUCUUGCCCACCGAAUCGCGAGAAGUGUGUUCCUUGCGUAAGCAGUCAUCCACUACGCAUCAGCCAACCCAUGAACUUCCGCAACACUUCCGACCUCUUCACCAUCGGCACUGUCCCUCACCCAUACACCAUGGCUUCUCUUCAACAUCAGACAGACUCCCUGACCAUCCGCUUCAUCCGCCGCACAACAAAACGUGACGAAUGGCUCCUAGCCACAACAAAAGAGUUCAGCACAGGCACAAGCAGUUUCUCCCGUAUCCCACUUAUCAAAGACGCCGUCGCCUCCGACUACGGAAGCGCCCGUUCUCUUUGGCUAACACCCGAGAAUCUCUCGGACGAGAACAAUGCCAAGUUACGUCAAGAUCUUGCCUGGUCACUGGGCUUCCCUGUCCCUACAAUUGAAUCUACCCUCGACUCUGGGCAUUCGGAAACACCGGUUCCGGGUCCUGAACGUCGUCCCCCUGCUCCCAAACCAGAGGGCAAAGUCCCUGAUCCCGUCGAACUCGUGCGCGAAGGCACACUACUAGGAAAAGCACGAUUGCUGAUCAAAGGCAAAGGACCUCGCAACAGCACACCCAUCCGUGAUGCUGUAGAAGCUUGGAACCUAGCGGAUACAGAAGUAUGGAGAUUUGUACGUGCGUGGAAUGCGAGAAGAAGUGUAGAGAGGAGAAAGUGGGAAGCAGAAGAGAAAGCUUAUGCAGGCACUGAAGGCGGUAAAGGAAGCUGGAGUCGCUGGUUCGAUAAAGAUUCAGAUUGAAGAAUUGGCACAAGUAUCUGAUUGUCGUAUAGUCGGGUUUGAAGAAAGCGUUUUUCUUGUAAUAGCGGAAGUAUCUCUUGACUAUGUUAUUUUGUAUAGAAACAUGAGGACGUAAGCUCUCUCCCCGUUUUCA